UACGGAUGUAAAUAGCAUCGCUUUGAGGAAUGAUAUAAUUCAAUCUCGAAACAAACAAACUGGCGGAAAAGUUAUACUCGUUAAAGAUGAUAUUGAGAAGAAUAUUUCAGCUUUUUCAAAACCUGGACCGUUGUUUCAAAGUUUUCAAAAUUCUUCAAACAGAAGGCCAUCUAAUUUACAAUCAAAUGUUUACGACAAAAUGCUAUUGGAUGAGAUGUUCUCCAUUAAACAGUUACAGAAUCGGAAUAUAAAGCAUAACUCGAAGGCACCGAUAUUACCGAGGAUUACUGUACAAACACCCACAUUAGAGGUUAAACAAAAAUGGCCUCUAAUAGAGCUUUUAGCCGGAAUAAAUUCUAAAACAAACAACAAUGAAAAAAACAAUACUAGUAGUACUUUACAAUUUAUGCAAAAUAUUCAACGGAAUGUAAAAGAAAACCGAACCAUACAUAAGGUUGUUGAGCUCAGAAGUAUACCAGAGGAUUUGAAACAUCAAGAGCCUUUACAUAAUAUACCCGUGAGAUAUUGUACAUGUAUGAAGUCAAAUGCGUUUACCACUUGUAGUCAUAGAGAAAACGAGAAAAUGUGUACUCACACGCCAAAAUAUGAUUUUAGACAUGAACCAGGUAUCCUGACUCCAUACCCUGCUUUCUAUCUACCUUAUCAGUCUUACAUUUUAAGUGCCACCACUGGUUAUCCCUACAAAAUGACGUAUUACCAUCCAAAUAUUAUUAACGAAUUAAAGGUGUCCAAAAAAAAGAAACACCGGUACUCCACUACAAUCCAAUAUGACGAUGAUCUUUAUUACGAAAACAGUUAUAAUGAAGCAAAGAAUAAAUACUAUGAUUACUUAGAAAACGAUAAACAUUCAGACAAAGUUUUCCAUAAACCUAAAAAAGGCGAAGGGUUAAUUAACAUCGAUUAUGACGUUAGUAAUAAAAAGAGUAAAAAACCUGAACAAGGAACUGUUAAGAAAGAUCCGGAUUUGCAUGACAUCAUAAACGAUUUGGAUCCCGUCUACAGUGACUGCGCCAUGAAGAAAUGUUAUUGUUCUUCGUCUGUGAAACAUAAUUUCUCUUUUUUUUAUGCUAUCUCAUGUAUAACAUUUGCGGUUUCCAGGCGUUAAGAUUUAAAAUCUUAUAUAUUGAUGACACCACAAA